AUGACCAUGUCGGGCAUGCGCUGGGGCGACGAAGAAGACGACCUGCUCCCGCAGCGCGUCGAGAGCGCUCCGGACUCGAACGGCGUGCGGCAGAUCGUCGAGUGGAAGCUCAACGAGGCGGGCGACAAAGUCAAAGUGACGAAAAAGGUCAAGAAAGUCACAGAGAUUGCGCGCGUCAGCAAACGCGCGUUGGAGCGCAAGAAGUGGCGCAAGUUUGGCGACGCGCUGGACGACGGCGACAGCAGCAACGUGACGUACAUGUCGUACGAAGAAGUGACGCUCGAGGACCCGAACGCCGACCAGGUGCUGCCGGGCGAGAAGAAGGAGGAGGAGAACAUCUUUGCCGGUGUCAAGAACUCGUCGAUUGUCGUCUGCCGGCACUGUGGCAUGGUCGGCGACCACUGGACGCUCAAGUGUCCGUACAAAGACACGCCGAAGGACGAGAUGGAGCAGGACAUGGCCAAGCGCGCCGAAGCGGGCGAGUCGGCUGCAGCCGACGCAGGCGCGCGCGGGGGCUCGGCCCUCGACGGCGCGUUUGGCUCGAGCAAGUACGUGCCGCCCAGUCUGCGUGGCCGCCUGGGAGGCGCCAGCGGCGACGCACGGGACGACAACGUGCGCGACGACAGCGCGACGCUGCGGGUGACAAACGUGUCGCCCGACACGCGGGAAGACGACUUGAAAGAGCUCUUUUGUGCGUUCGGACCCGUGUCCCGCGUGUACUUGGCCAAGGACCGCGAGACGUUCCAGUCGCGUGGGUUUGCGUUCGUGAGCUUUGUGUACCGCGAAGACGCCGAGAAGGCACUGAACAAGCUGCAGGGCCACGGCUACGACCACUUGAUUCUGAAGCUCGAGUGGGCCAAGCCGUCGAACAAGCCGGCGAACGAAGACGCUGGCAGCAUGGGCACGACGUUUCGAUCGGGGUACGGCAAAGCGUUGCCGCAGAACAUGGCGCCGCCUCCGCGCAAGUAG